CAUGGAUAAUAUUGGAUCCUUAGCUAUGCUGUUUGGUAUGAGAUGCAUUUGGGAAAGCAUGCACCCAAAUUCACGACAAUUAUACAAAUUUUUUGACACCGAACAUCUUUCUAUUGGCAAUGAUGAAAGUAAAAACUAUACGGUGGAUCUUAUAGCCAAAUGGAUGAUGACUAUGGAUAGACGAGGCCAAAUAUAUUUCAUUCCUUGGAUUGUUGAUCGACAUUGGAUGUUGGUGCUCGUGAUGAUGCGGGGGAUGACCAUAAUUUUGGACCCUUUAAAAAAUCAUAAAUCUCCACCAAUAAUUAUGGAGGUUAUGGGAAAGUAA